GGCUGGCCUCCGAGUGCCCACACCGUGUGUGUCUGCCUGUCCUGCAGUCACAGGACAGGUCACCUCCUUCUGCACAAUCGGAACGAGGAAGAGGAGACGCCAUGACCCCCACCCUCACAGCCCUGCUCUGUCUUGGGCUGAGUGUGUGCCCCAGGACCCGAGCACAGGCAGGGACCCGUCCCAAACCCACCAUCUGGGCUGAACCCAGCUCUGUGAUGCCCUGGGGGACACCUGUGACCAUCUGGUGUCAGGGGACCCUGGAGGCCCAGGAGUACCACCUGUGUAAAGAGGGAGAGUCAAGGACCUGGGACAGACAGAAGCCACUGGAGCCCAGGGACAAGGCUAAGUUCUCCAUCACACACAUGACAGACAUAUAUGCAGGAAGAUACCGCUGUGACUAUCUCAGUCCCACUGGCUGGUCAGAGCCCAGUGACCCCCUGGAGCUGGUGGUGAUGACAGGAUCCCAGGGCAAACCCAGCCUCUCAGCCCUGCCCAGCCCUGUGGUGACCUCAGGAGGGAAUGUGACCCUCCAGUGUGCCUCAUGGAUGGGAAUCCACAGGUUCAUCCUGAUGAAGGAAGGAGAGCGCCAGCCCUCCUGGACCCUGGUCUCCCAGUCAGUCCCCAGUGGGGGGACCCAGGCCCUGUUCCCUGUGGGCCCCGUGACCCCCAGCCUCAGGUGGACGUUCCGAUGCUACGGCUAUUACAGCAACACCCCCCAGGUGUGGUCGGCCCCCAGUGACCCCCUGGAGCUGCUGGUCUCAGGUGUGUCGGGGAAGCCCUCCCUCCUGACCCAGCAGGGCCCUGUUGUGACCUCUGGACAGAGCCUGACCCUCCAGUGUCGCUCUGAUGUCAGCUACGAGAGAUUCGCUCUGUCCAAGGAGGGGGCACCUGACCCUCCCCAGCAGCUUGGCCGACAGCCCCACUCUGGGAUCUCUGGGUCAGACUUCCCCCUGGGCCCUGUGAGACCCUCCCACGGGGGCCGGUACACGUGCUACGGUGGACACAACCUCUCCUCCGAGUGGUCGACCCCCAGUGAACCCCUGGACAUCCUGGUUGCAGGACAGCUGCCCUACACACCCUCCCUCUCGGUGCAGCUGGGACCCACAGUGGCCCCAGGAGAGAAUGUGACCCUGCUGUGUCAAUCACGGAGCCCUGUGGACACUUUCCUUCUGUCCAAGGAGGGGGCAGCCGAUCCCCCUCUGCGUCUUAGAUCACAGUACCGAGCUGGGCAGCACCAGGCUGAAUUCCCCAUGAGUCCUGUGACCUCAGCCCAUGGGGGGACCUACAGGUGCUAUGGCUCUGCCAGCACCUCCCCCUACCUGUUGUCCCAGCCCAGUGACCCCCUGGAGCUCCUGGUCUCAGGACCCUCUAUGGACCCCAGCCCCCCGACCACAGGGCCAGGCUCAGCAGAUGGUCCCCACUGGUACCUGUACGUCCUCAUCACGGCCUCAGUGGCCUUUGUCCUGCUGCUCAGCCUUCUUGUCCUCCUCCUAAUUCACCACCAGCGUCGGGUCAAAGGCAGGAAGCCGGGGGCUGCAGACCUGGAGCCCAAGGACAGAGGCCUGCACAACAGCUCCAGCCCAGUCCCUGCCGCCCAGGAGGAGAGCCUCUACGCUGCCAUUCAAGACAUUCAGCCUGAGGAGGGGGUGGAGCUGGACCAUCGGCAGAACACACAAGAUGAAGACCCCCAGGGACCAACGUACGCCCAGGUGAGCCGGUCAAGAUCAAGACUCAGCUGGGGACUGGCCACUUCUCCUUCCCCCAUGUCAGAGGGAUUGCUGGACUCGGAGGACAGACAAGCAGAGGAAGACAGGCAGACAGAUUGUCAGGUUACUGCAUCUGACACUCUCCAGGAUGUGACCUACGCCCAGCUGAACUGCUUGACCCUCAGACAGGAGACAAGGGCAUCCCCUCAUUCCCAAUCAGGGGAUCCCCCAGCAAAGCCCAGCGUGUAUGCUGCUCUGGCCUUCCAGUAGCCCAGGAGGGUCCCAGACCCCACACCCCAGGGAGGGGGGAACCACAGGGACCCUGGAAGGCACAGGAGCUGCCCAUAGUGGGUGUCACCUAAUGAUGACCCCAGCCAGCCUGGACUCUUCACAUGGACCAGUAAGAACUCCUGGGACCCUCUGGGAGUCACUGAUUCUGCCAUCAAAGAUAGAAAUACCCCUACACUUUGGAAAUCAAAGCAACAGACUUCCCAAUUACCCAUGAAUGAAAUGACAAAAUCCUAAUGGAAAUGAGAGAAUGUUUACACUGAAGGACAGUGUAAAUGUUACAAAUCAAACCUAAGAAAUGGGAAAAUAAGAACCAAGAACCAAUCUAUUAGAAAAGAAAAAGCCUAAAAUAAUUAAUGACAGAACCUAUUCUAUCGAGAAUUUGGAAAAAGAAGAGCAAGUUAUUCAAACAAAAGUAAAGACAAGACCUGGCUAGAAAUGAGGACAAAUUUAAAAAUAGAGAAAAAUCAAUAAAGCUGAAAGUGUUCCUUUUUGUAAGCAGUGGUAACAUUUAUAAAUCCUAGCCACAAAACCAAGAGGUGAGAGAGAGAGAAAGGGAGGAGGUACACAUCACCAUUAUGAGGAUGGCAUCCCAUCCUACAGACUUUAAAUUUAGAAUGGAACAUUAUUAACUCUUUUAUGCUGAUAUAUGAGACAAUGUAGAUGAAAUGGAUAAAAUUCUUGAAAUAGAAGCUAUUAAAUUGAUGGAGAAGUAGUAAAUAUGUAUCACCUUAUGAAUACAUUGAAUGCAUUGACUGUGAUCAAACCAUCCCCCAUCUGAAGUAUGUGGAAACUGAGAGAAAUAGAGAGCAAAGUUGUGGCUGGCUGUGCUGCAGUGUGGAAAUGGGGAGGUGUUGGUCAGGAUUAUAGGUAGAUGAACAAGGUCUCUAAAGUUAUAAGACCACAAGAUCUGGGGAAAUCAUGUACCACAUCAUGACCACAGCUUAUAACACUGUAACCUAUUCUUGAAUGUUGCAAAGAGUGUAGAUCUAAAUGUUCUCAUCACAUACAAGAAAGGCAGAUAUGGUAUGGCAUGGAAGUGUGAGCUAAUGGCAUGGCGAUAAUCAUUUUGUAAUAUACAUUUGUGUCUAUUGAGGAAGCUUCAUUGGCAAUUUCCUCCAAACACUGAUGCCCUUAGGAAACACACAUGCUCUGGCGCCCACGUGGAUACAAUGCAUACAUGCACACACGCAUACUCACAUGCAAACAUAUACAUGCAAACACUCACACACACGCAUAUGCUCAAACACACACAUGCAUACACACAAUGAAAUUAUACGUGCCCUUCCUGAGAAUAAAAAAAGAAACAAUAUUGUAUCAUUCUACGAAGAAAUAGACACCAAACUAGGCAAGGAAAUUCCUGAAUGGAAAGAUACAGAAAGUUCCCUGACAUUAACUCCAAUGUGAAUCUCUAAACAAAAUGUUCACAGAUGAGAUUCAGCAAUGUAUAAAAAGCCAAAAUAAACUUUUGGGACUUCAUCAAAAUCAAAAGCUUCUGCACAGCAAAGGAAACAGUCAAGAUAACAAAGAGGCAACCCAUGGAAUGGGAGAAGAUAUUUGCAAAUGAC